AGCUGCAUCACAAUUCACAGCCAGCAAUAUAGGAAUUUUUGUUGGGCUAUCUCUCUCUAUCUCUAUACCUUUACUUAAAAGAAGUUGAGAGAGAGAGUAGGGAGAGAGAGAGAGAGAGGAGGGAGAGAGAUGGAAAAGGCUUUGGUGAAAGUGGGAAGCAUUAAAGCUGGGAGCUUUUGGCUUUCAAAGAAAGCUAAAGAAGAGUACUCUAACAUUUCUCAGGAUCUCACUACUUUGUCAAAUACUGUUGAGGAGAAGGCAAAAUGGAUCUUUGAUAAGCUUAAAGGAAAGCCAUUGAAAACCUUACCAGAUCUCCUCCGUGAAUACAAUCUGCCAAUAGGCCUCUUCCCUCAGAACAUAACAUGCUAUGAAUUUGACGAUACAAAGGCCAGGCUGAUAGUACACUUGCCCUCUGCUUGUGAAAUUACCUUCAAGGACUCUUCUGUGAUCAGGUAUGCCACUCGGGUUAAAUGCAACCUGAUAAGAGGUAAGCUGACAGGCAUAGAUGGGAUGAAAACAAAGGUCGUCUUGGUGUGGACAAAGGUCACAAGUGUCUCUGUCGAAGGCUACAAGUCAGAUAAGGUCUGGUUUACAGCUGGUUUGGCAAAAUCAAGGCCUAGGGAAGCUUAUGACAUUCCGCGUGAUGCUAUUAGAAUCAAAGAAUUUUAAUUUUACUAUCUAUAUCGAGCCUAAGGAUGGGGACCUUCCUAAACAUUCUUAUUAGUGAUACAUAUUAGCGUUUUUCUUCGUUAUUAUUCCUCUGUUUGAAAACCAGCAGAAUCUGUCAAUGGUUUAAAACUUUUGAGAAUGAAUGUGCUUCUUGUGCA